CACCCCCCUCCCUCCUUCUCCUCCUACCCACCUUCCCCCCGUUUCCUUUUUAAUUUUAUUUCGGAUCCUGCUAAAAUUAGCCGGGACUGCUCUGGGUGUUGCGUGUUAAUUUGAUUUACUCCGGGAUUCCGGCUUCCAAGACGCCAUUUUCCUCCUUCUCGCUCUAUCUUGCUCUAUUUAUCUAUAUCUAUCAUCUAUCUGCCGAGCUAUCUAUCCGUCUGUCUGUCCGUCCACCUUCCUCUCCCCGAGUGCCUUCCCUCCUCCCCCUCCGCCCUCCUCCCUCUCCGCUCUGCGUGUGCUGCGCGGCCGUGCGCUCCCCUAAUCUGACAGAUGAACACCGCCAUGGGUUUGCCGCAACACAAGCAAAAGCACCUUUGGGGGCUGUGGCGAGGGAUUGAAACCGGGAUCUAAAGAGAAGACACAAGAAAAGGGGGAAUCCGAGGGAAAAGGAAGAAAGAAGAAGGGGAAGCUGCUAAGAAGACCCCAGCUGCCGUUUUGGGGAUAUGGUGGCAGAUCUGGUUUCUUCUGAACAACUUGCAGCCUCUGGGUGAUCCGGACGUUGAAUUCGGUCAGACAGAUACCAUUUGCUUCCUUGGGUCGUACCUGCCCGUGCUCUUCUCAUCCCCUUCUGCGCUCCCCUUCCAUCUGAUAAAACUCCAGGGCGCUGCUGCAUUGCUAUGGAGCCCAGGGAGACUUUGGGCAGUUCCCGGCAAAAGGGAGGCGAGGCAGACUUUCUGCCAGCCACUGUCACCUCCAUGAAGCCUCCUCCUGCAUCCAGCUGCACAGGGGAGACGAUGCUGCCCUCAGCGGGCUCAGGGAAAGGGAUUGUGGUGAGCAGUGAGAGGCUGGAGCCUGAGGAAGAGGAUGAGCUGGGUUCUGGAAGAGACGUGGAUUCCACUUCUAAUGCAGACAGUGAGAAAUGGGUGGCGGGAGAUGGCUUGGAGGAGCAGGAGUUUUCCAUCAAGGAAGCUAACUUCACAGAGGGGAGUUUAAAGCUGAAGAUCCAAACCACCAAGAGAGCUAAGAAGCCCCCAAAGAACUUGGAGAACUAUAUUUGCCCUCCUGAGAUCAAAAUCACUAUCAAACAGUCUGGGGAGCAGAAGCUUUCCAGAGCGGGGAAAAAUAACAAAACAGCUAAAGAAGAGGACAGAUCACACUCCAAAAAGAAAGAAAAAGUCAUUGGAGAUGCGAAACUGCUUAUGAGUUGUGGCUGCAGAAAAGGGAAAAAUGCUCAAGUGAAGGACUUGGAUCAGAGUCAGAUGAAGAAUCUGGGACGAGACUGUGGGUUCCCUGUGCAGAGUGCAGUGACAAAAUCCGUGAACAAGUUAUAG